AUGAACACGGAGGCAACAAUGCUGAAGAUAUUUGUCAUUUUGGUCGCCUUUACAGGUCCUGUGAGCUGUGCAGUCGUCCCAGCGUCACAACGGUCUGUGAACACAACCGUCGGCGGGAAUAUCACGCUCCCCUGCAUGUAUAACAUGGAUGCCCCCGUAUCCGAUUUAUUCAUCCAGUGGAUGUUUUACAACGCCAAACUGAAAAAUAGCGCCAUAAUUUAUUAUUUCCAGAAAAGCCAGCCAUACACUUCAACAGAGUACAAGAACCGAAUCCUCAUUGCCAACAGCACAGGCAACGCAUCCUUAACCAUCUUCAACAUGAAGCCGUGGGAGACGGGCGUUUACACUUGCGAAGUUUUGAUUUCUGGGACUCCUCCUUCCCAAGUUGAAAAAUCAUUUCCCGUCUAUGUACUAACUCCCCCUUCGAAGCCUCUCUGCAGCUUCAGCCACAGCCAAAAGGUCGAACUUGGGCACUUCAUCACUCUCUCCUGUCUUUCGGAAAUUGGGAUGCCUAACCCGAAGUACUAUUGGCAUCGAGUAUCGGGAGAUACAAUCAUGCGUGUAUCAGAGUAUUACGAUCCUCAGACUGGUCUCUUGGAAAUUGGCAACCUAACCAAGCUUGAAGAAGGUUACUAUCAGUGCAUCGCUAUAAACUCUCUUGGCAAUAGCACUUGUCAGAUUGACCUCACAAUCAAACAUUCAGAAAGCGGCGUUAUUGCUGCAGCGUUGAUUGCGGCCAUUCUGGCGGCUGCUUUGAUCUGUGUCAUUGUCUGGAUUUUAACCUCAAAGGAGAAGAAAAAGAGGAGAAAGGAAAAAGCUGCCAUCAGUGAAAUGCAGACUAUGGCUCAGAAAGAGCCCCUGACAUCGGGCUAUGCUGCCGUGCCCAGCCAGGAAAAUGUGCCGGUUGCAGCCGUUCCGCCCAGCAAAGAUUCCAAUGAGACUGGCGAAUACGUCACCCCAGAUGAGAUUGAAGCUGCUGCGGUGCCUGAAAAUGAGAGGCAGGAGAUGGAGCACCAAUCUGUGGCCUAAAUCCAUCCCAAGGGCGACCCAACAGCAACUCAUCUGCUUGUGAAUUAGUAUAAGGCACAAGUCAUAUCCACCAUUGCCCCAAAUCUAGCUAAUCCAAAGCACUCAAACAGACCUCCUCCAAGCAGAUUCCUUCUUUGGCUACUCUGGCAUUCUUCUUAUAGCUGCCAGGGAGGGGUAGGGAAUGGGGUGUUUUAUCUGUUCUAGCAUGGAUAGAUAGACUGGGAUUAAGCCUUUUAAAUCUUCACAUUUGCUUUAGCAAUGGUGCUCUCAACACCUUCCUGUGCCACAAAUAGCGGUCUUUGUACACCGAAACAAAACUUUCCCCCCCUAUAAGUUGCUUUUAUAGUGUAUAUUUGUUACCAACUAAUAAUACAACUCCUCUUCAUU